CUUCACGCAGCUAAAUGACGUAUCCGUUAACUCCCGGUAUAAACACUCUCUCUCCGGUGCCCUCCGGUAAGAAGCCACUUUCAGGUCCAUGGGACGGAUAAGCCGAACUCUUCGGUUUUCCACGAAUUUAACCCACAGCAAACGACACAUUUCGUCCGGUGUUAGCGGUAGUUUUGGCCGCCAGAAACUGUUUUCGACAGCGCUGCGCAGAUUCGGACUGGAGGACCGGACGGUCUGAUACGUUAAUGCCGAGUUACCGCCACUGGCAGCAGUAGAUCACACCGAGAGAGAUUCUGUGGUUCCUACCGGAAAGACGAAGCACCAUGGAGUUUCACUGGAGCCUCUCCCGGUGCUCCGACUCGGUGAGGUAACGAGAGUGGGACGGUGUUGCCUCACACACACACACACACACACACACACACCAAACAGCAGCUACCUGUUGCCGGUGACGCAGAGAGGAUGAGCGGAGCGGCCGUCCUGCUGCCGCUGCUCCUGCUCAGCAGCCGUGUUGCGUUCACUGCUGCCAGGUCACUGAACACGCCGAGGGACGGAGGGGUUCUGCCUGUGGACGGACAGACGGACGGAACAGACAGCCUAAUCGCCACCGUGAAAGGUGUGGACAGACGGCGACGCCCCCUGCCGGAGAAAACUCGUCCCUUCUUCCUGGUGGACGGACAGAGGAGGAGCCUAACCGAAGCUCUACAGGAAGGUCACCCUGACAGGCUGCAGUGUGGACUGGAGGUGGCAGGACGACUCUUCCUGCUGGACCUGGAGAAGAACCAUGAUCUGCUGCCCAAACCGCCCAACGUCUUCUACUACCUGCCCAACGGCACCGGAGUGUCUGUGAGAGCGGACCCUGUGACUCACUGUUAUUACCACGGCAGCGUCCGAGGUUUCCCUCAGUCCAGAGUGGCCCUGAGCACCUGCUCCGGACUCCGCGGCGUCAUCGCCAUCAACUCCACCCUGAGCUUUGAGCUGCAGCCUCAGGAGGACGACCACCACCAACUCCACCAGCUGGGGGAGGAGCAGGGGGGAGGAGGGGGCAGUGGAGGGAGUGGAGGAGGAGGAGAUGAAGAAGGACUCCACCUGCUGUUCUCCACUAGCCCUCUGGAGGGCGACGGUGCUGGAGACUGUGGGGUUUCUCACACUGCUGUCCCUCCCAUCCACAGCUCCACACACACACACAGGAGGAAGAGAGACAUCCUGUCUGAGACCAAAUACAUCGAGCUGGUGCUGGUGGCCGACCACCAGGAGUUUCUGAAUUACCAGAAUAACAAUAAGACCAUCAUCUACCGCAUGCUGGACGUGGCCAACCAGGUGGACUGGUUCUACCGUCCCCUGAAUGUCCGUGUUGCGUUGACCGGCCUGGAGAUUUGGAGCGACCGUGAUAAGAUCCGGGUGGAGAAGAGUCCCACUGACACCCUCAACAACUUCCUGGAGUGGAGGACCAGGGAGCUGCUGCCACGCCUUCGCCACGACAACGCCCAGCUCGUCAUGGGCGGCUCAUUUGACGGCACAACAGUGGGGAUGGCGUCCCAGUCGUCCAUGUGCUCCAGAGACCGGUCUGGUGGAGUCAACGUGGACCACCUGGUCAGUGUUUUGGGAGUCGCCUCCACCAUUGCUCAUGAGCUUGGUCACAACUUGGGGAUGAGUCACGACACAGCUGAACGCCGCUGUUCCUGUCAGAGCGAACCGCGGCUGGGAGGAUGCAUCAUGGAGCCCUCUACCGGGUUCAUGCCGGGCCAGCAGUUCAGCAGUUGCAGCGCUGCAGACCUGUCCGUCAGCCUGCUGCACGGCGGCGGCAUGUGUCUGUUCAACGUGCCGCAGCCUGAGCGUCUGCUGGGAGGACCUCGCUGUGGGAACCUGUACGUGGAGAAAGGAGAGGAGUGCGACUGUGGCCUGCUGGAGGAGUGCGAGGACCCCUGCUGUAACGCCUCCACCUGUCUGCUGGUUCCUGGAGCUCAGUGCUCGUCUGAUGGCAUCUGCUGCCACGACUGCAAGUUGCAGCCGGCGGGUUCGGUGUGCCGCGAGCCCCUGGGCGAGUGCGACCUCCCUGAGUUCUGCACCGGCUCGUCUCCUCACUGCCCUCCCAACGUCUUCCUGCAGAACGGAGAGCCGUGCGAGGACGAAGCCUCCUUCUGCUAUGGAGGAGUCUGUGCCAGCAUGGACACCCAGUGCCAGAUGCUGUGGGGGCCCAAUGCCACCAGUGCUCCAGCUGUCUGUUUCUCAUCAGUCAACAAACAGGGAAACAAAUAUGGAAACUGUGGUCAGCUGACCAACGGCUCCUACAUCUCCUGUGGAAACUCUGACGUUCACUGUGGCAGGAUUCAGUGUCAGGGAGGGAGGGAGCGCCCCCUGCUGGGCACCAACGCAGAGAUCCUCACCACCACCGUGCGCUUCAACCACAGCGACCUGAUCUGCAGAGGAACCUUCUUCCACCUGGGAGACGACGUGUCCGACCCGGCCACUGUGGCCCCGGGCACCGCCUGCGGUCCUGGCAAGGCCUGUUUGAAUCAGAAGUGUCAGGACGUGUCCGUGUUCGGUGUGGAUGAAUGUCGCACAAAGUGUAGCGGUCACGGGGUGUGUAACAGUAAUAAGAACUGUCACUGCGAUGUGGGCUGGGCUCCACCUGACUGCAGGUAUUCGGGUCACGGAGGCAGCGUUGACAGCGGACCGGCCACAGCUGCUCCAGAGUCCGACCCGGUGCGAGUGGCUCUGCUCGUCAUCUUCCUCUUCAUCCUGCCCCUCGUCCUCCUCUUCCUCGCUCUGCGCUUCCCUCGUGUCCGUCGGAGUCUCGUCUGUGUGGGAGCCAACAGCCCGUUUCACAAAGCUCGACAACACAGUCGAACGCCGGUGAUGGAGCGAGUGGACGGCAGGAACGGGGAGCAGGUUCGACCUCUGAGAUACCACCUGAACCCACCCACUGACAUCCCUCUGACUCCGCCCCACAAAGAGGUUCAUGACAGACCAGCUCCUCCCACUAAGCCACUCCCCCCUGACCCCGCCCUAACCCUCCCGCCACAGCGACCGGCGACCCCCACCAAGCCUCUGCCCCCCAACCCCUACAGCCAGCUGCGGGUGAGUCGACCAGCUCCACCCAACAAGCCGCUCCCCCCAGACCCAGUCACAUCUGGACAGGUCCCUCUCCCAGCCAAACCUGUGGUGCCUGUAAAGCCCCGCCUCCUGGGCCCUCUGCCCCACGCCCCCCCCAAGCCCAGCUACACCCCCAACUCCAAAGCACCGCAGCUCAGAGCCGUCGCACCUGCAGCCGGGCCCAACAGACGUCCUCCUGCUCCUCCACUUCGACCCUCGAAUCCUCAGAAAGUCGACUCGUCUCCACUUUAACCUCGGAGCGAACCGCAGUGCUUUGCAGGCAGUUCGGAGACCGUUGACCUGAUGGAGACGAUGAAGAUGACGAUGACUUUAUUAUCCAGUUUGCACUCAGUCGUCAGAUUUCUCACUUAAUCCUACACGAACUCUCAGAAGAUGUAAAUACGCGUUCCUGUGUCUCCGGACUUCAGUGCCUUGCUCACUGGCGUCUCAGCGGUGGAGCCGAUGCCACGAUCUUUGACUGACGGCUGCUGCAGAUGGUGUCAGCGAUACAGCGCCCCCUGGAGCCAGCAGGGGGGUCGGUGCCUUGCUCAAGGGCCCUGAGUCUGGGCUCCAACCUGUGUGUUUAAUGAGCCUGUGAAUAUUCUCAUUCAUCCAGGUCAUGGUUAUCUCAUCCAAGAGGCUUCAUCAGUUCAGGCUCGCUUGUCGUCGUCUUCAAAGCCAAAUAACUAAGUCCAGUUGCGUUCCAUUGAAUUUCCUUGAGAUGUGUGUUUAAUGGUAAAGACCAAUUUGCUGCAUGCUUUCCAAACUGUGGUCCACAGCCCUCUGUGGGACACUGAGGACAUUCUUCUGGACUAUUUUUGUUUUAAACGCGAUUUUCUAGCAAAAUGCGUGAAUGUAGAAGGCUUUUUUAUCACUCCUGCAGCUCCGACGGCUUACGUGUUCUCAGGUGGACAAAACUAAAUAAAUGGGAUUGGAUCAUGAUGGAGUCAGACUAAAGCUUUCCCUAAUGGACUCAGGAUUCAGUCGUGAUGAGACUGGACUUGAUCGGAUGGGAUAAAAUGGCAGACUGAACCUUUGCUGAAAGCCUGGGAGUUUUUCAGAUCCUGGAUCUGAUUAAAAACUUGAGGCUGGUUAAAAAUGUUAAAAAAAUUAAAUGUUUCACUCAAUA